AUGACCUUGGAUGCACCUGAGGAGGAGAGGGGCCGGGGCCGGGGCUCAGUGGGUGUAGGGAGAGUGGCAGGAGCUGGAAGAAGAGAAAAUCCUUAUAAGCCCGAGCACCUGGGCCUGAGCCCUGCAGAUCAGGUAGCCACUGUGGCUAUGGCCCGCAUCAUCGACCUGGUGCCCUGGGACGAUUGCUCCACCCACGUGUACGCGUCCCCAGCCAUCCUGCUCCCGAUGGAGCGGCGGAGAAACCAGUUGGCCAGCGUGAAGCAGCAGCUCUACCACCCGGCCCUGCCCAGCCUGCGCCGCAUGGACAUGGAUAAUGCCAGGGCCUGCCUGUCGGACGAGCACUGCCAGACCACCACCUACUGCCGCAAAGAUGACUUUGACAACGCACACUACACACUCCUCGGUGUCCCCAACAAACCCCUGCAGUGCUUGGACAUCACCGCCACCGGCCAGAAGAUCCGCCACAGGAGCCGCGAGGGAAAGCUGGCGCCCAUCCCCCCGGGCAUCAACCGAAUCAGCUGGCCCAGCUUCACACGCGCCAUCGAGGACUGGUCCCGUUUCGUGUCCUCUGCCGGCGAGUUCAAGCUGCCCUGCCCGAUCAAGAGGGGUUAGUCU